CAGUGACAACAGUAGGAGGAUCGUUCCCCUUCACGAAGAGUGUCUUAUCAAGUCUAAGUAUUUUCCUCCAGUCUCUCAGGGGAAGUACCAGCCGACCUGUCCUGGACAUCUGCACAGGAACUUAGAGCAGAGUACAGACAAACAAGUCUCACUGACUUCUCGAGUAAACAUACACACCGCAGUGUUCUGAGGUUUCACAGAAGAGAAACAGAGGACGUCAGGAGGACAAACCAACACAUUAGCUCAAGCUAUCACCUGUCACUCUUCCUGUACGCCCUCUACUGCAUCUCAGGGGGUGCUGAACCUGCUCUGUCCUGGGUGUAUAGCUCAUCUCCGUGGACAGGCGUCCCAGACUGAGGAUGAAGCAGUGUGAGGUUUCGGACAGCUGUCACGGCACUAGGCCUCAGAGGAAUCAGACGAAGCUGGUCUGUGGACUUCUGUUCUGGGUCUGUCUCCUCACCGUCAGUCAAGUGAUGUCCAUCACCCUCCUCUUCAUCGGUAAAUCAGACAAACUGAGAGCAAGCCCAACCGUCGGUCCAAUAGUCACAUUUGAACCCAAAGAGGUGAAUGAGUCCGGGGUAAUCCACUGGAAGACACAGCCCAUCAAGAUCCCACUCCUCGAUCUGAACAAUAACGGAAGUCUAACUAUACUAUAUGAUGGUACUUACUUUUUGUACCUCCAGGUGACUCAAACCAGUGCACUGUUUUCAUCAUGUGAUGUCAAAUUGAAAACGACUAAUAAGGGAGUCCUGCUGGAGGGAAGGAUGACAAACACCUCCCUCAGCACAGGAUUCCUGGGCAGGGCUGUGAAGCUAACAACGCCAGACAUACUGGAAGUCACCAUCUCCCCUGUUUCCAAAAUCAACACAGGAAACACUGCCACAUACCUGGGCGUUCUCAUGCUAAAAAACGAUACAGACAAUGAAGGCUAGAUCUAGGAGUACUUUUCUUGGUGAUGAUUAAAUGCAUCCCUCUAACCCUCCCCUGGGAUUCAGAGGUCAAUUGGGAGUCAAUGGAUCAUCCCACCACAAGAAAAUGCUUUAAUGGUGAAAGACACAAUUGCAAGAUACAGAUAAAUUCCAUUCUCCAGAUUAUCCAGGUCAUUCGUUAAGCCCAAACAGUUUUAAACUAUGACAAUUAAUUCAUAAUUCUACUAAUGUGUUUGGUGACUUUGGAUUGUUUCCAUUUUCUGUCAGAGAAUGAAUGAAUGUGUUUAAAGUAGUCGUUCAUAUGAGUCCUGGGCUACAGUGUUACUUUAUCGUCUUGUCUGGCUUGUAGCUGAUAGGGUUUUAUUAUUUACAGUGAACAAAAAUCCUACAAGUGACAGAAGAUACUUGCAUGUAUUCAUGUACACAGGUUUGAAAAGCAAAUGCACUGACUUAACAUAUUUGU